CUGUAUUUUCCAGCUGUCUUAUUGUGGAAUCACGUUUCUCCUUCCGAACAAACCCUGGAUUUACCCUUAAACGCGUGAUUUUGAUGUUUCAACCAUGCCCAUUUGUAUGUACCCUGCCAUUGCUGCCCCAGAGAGAAACACUCCAAAUUAUGCUCUACAAGGUUGCCGAACAUCUAAUGAUUCGAUACACCAGGGGUCAGCCGUUGUCCCAGGCGAGGUGGUUUUUCCUAUGGGCUCAAAUCUAAUCACUGGUCACGGAACAUAUCGAGACUUUGAUGAAUCUGUGGCGUCAGCACAACUCCGUGAGGCGGUUGACCGCCAGGGACCAAGUACGCACGAAGAUAGCAUAAAGACAGGAGCAAUGCGCACUUCUCUGACGGGGCGUGUACGAAUAGUCAAUAAGCUGGUCUACGUAGAACCACCUAAAGCGCGGUAUUCUGGAAAUGUGGGAGAUACUGUCGUUGGUCGUAUUAUAGAGGUGGAACAACGUCGCUGGAAGGUCGAUAUUAACUCUUCUCUUCUUGGAAACCUGGCGCUUGCGAAUGUGAAGCUGCCUGGCGGCGAGCUUCGUCGAAAAUCAGAGGAUGAUGAGCGCGCAAUGAGGUCCUUCAUGAAAGAGGGUGACCUCAUCGUUGCUGAGGUACACGAGAUCUACAAGGACGGAACUCUACAAUUGCACAUGCCCGGCACGAGGACCGGCAAACUUGGCGGCGGUUGUCUUCUUCGCAUCCCACCGAGUUUGGUUAAACGGCAGAAGAUUCAUCGACAUCGUCUGGCUGUACCUCGAACGUCGUCUGUUCAUGGCCCAUUAACAUCGGCUUCCACUAAUCUCACGGAGGUGAUUUCAGUUGGUCUCAUUCUAGGAUGCAAUGGUUACGUAUGGAUUGGACCAGCUCGCGCCAUGGAUAUCGGUCUUGGCCUAGCCGCGCCUAUUGAGUCCACGGCCGAGGGCAGCACUCAGUUAGACUACUUGGCUGAACGGUUUGCGGUCUCUCGCGUGCGCAAUUGCGUCAUUGCAUUGACGCAAAACGGCAUGCCGGUUUGGGAAACGAGCGUUUUGGCAGCUUGUGAAGCCAGCUGGUUGGCCGAUCUGCACUCGGCUGAUGAAGAAGAUAUGGAAGAAGAUAUGGAGAUUGAUGUGGUCGAUCCGAGUGUUUCACUUCCAACCAGCCGAGUUCGGAAUCGAAUCGCCCGUCUACUGCGGCCGGACGUGGCUCAGAGACUUGUUUCCCUUGUACAAGCAAAGUUGGGGACUACAACUUGACCUGUGUAAUAAAGUACUUCUUUGCAAUAGCCUUGCUUCACGCGUUAACUUUCACCAAGCUAGAUAUCGAGUGCCCAACAUCGCACUAGUUUGCUUUGCCGCUAACGUUUUUUUUCAAAACAGUCCACGAAUCAAUAGAAGUGCAC